GUAGUUGUUUUGAGGUUUUUAUUUACUGUGACGUUUGGCUGCCCUUUAGAAGGGGUAUACCGAGUCGGUAGCGCGCAUUAUUUAAAUUUAAAAAAAUCCCAAAACGAGCGGAAACGUGCCGGCCGGUGCCGCCGACGGUGCCGAGGGACGUUUUCGCCCGGCGGGCCGCCCUCCCUGAGAAAAUCUGCCUCUCCUAGACGCCGGAACCGCCCCCGAGCCCUGGCCGAGUCGGGGAUUUCGGACUGGACAGACGGCCGCGGCGGACAUGUUGCCUCGCCGCCCAGCCUAGCCGCUUACCAAGCCGGGAGGAGGUGCCGAGUUCGGCCCGUUCUCUUCCAGGGUGCCGCAGGAUGGGGUUCGGAACGGGAGGAAAAGAGCGAGAACAAACGGACCAGGACGGGCCAACAUCGUCCUCGGCCCCCGAGGCCGGCCUGCACGACAAACCGAGUACCAUUCAAGGUGUUAAUUGAAGGGGUGAUGAAAUUGUACAUAUUGGUGCAAAAAUAAAACAACUUUUUAUAAAUGGCAACUGCUCCUCGCGGUUCGGACACGUUUUAGAUGAGCGAUGCCGGCGCCCUCCGUCGGGUCGUCGCCCUCGACACCGCCGCCAUCUUCGCCGAGCCGUUCAGAGACGAGAAAGCCCGGCUCUCAGUCCGACACCGUUUUUAAACCUCAUCCUCCGGACGACAAUCGGCUCCCCGGGUGUAAAAAGCCGCCAGACACCGGGAACAAGGCCUGCGAUCGACGACCAACGCGGAAACCGGGUUUAAAAUGGAUAUGUAUUUUGAGACUAAUAGUGACAUGCUGUCGCUGAAUGAGAUGCUGGAGGGAGAUAUGAAGUACUCGCUUGAAUUCGAGGUCGACCUGAUGAAAGAAAAUGGCCUCGGCUGCAUCAAUGGCGGCAUUGGCGGUGGGUUCAACGACGACUGGCACGACUGGACUGAACAGUCGACACAGAACCUUUCGCUCGACCUGCUCGCUGUCGACGCCGGGCCGGGCCUCAUGGUCAAUCCGAAGCUUGUUAUACCAGUCAAGCCAUACUCUCACUACAACGUCGAAGUCAACGACAGCCUAAAGGCCAAGAAGAUGUUGAAUGCUGUUGAGACUCGAACGGAGAAGAAAAUGGCCGAAGAGGAAGAGGAGGAUGAUGAAGAGGUUGAAGACGAUGAGGAAGAAGGCGAAGAAGAGGAAGACGAUGAUGAGGAAGAGGAUGAUGAGGAGGAGGAGGAGGAGGAAGAAAACGAGGAUGAAGAGGAAGAUAUGGAAGUCGAGCCAAAAACGUCAAACAUCACACAACCUCAACACAGCAAUUGGAACAACAUUUUAAAGACUAGAGAAGGAAAAGACUCAUCGGGACGGCAAGAACAAAUGGAAGAAAUAAAACAUUCACCUUUCCCGAUUAGGCCAAAGCCGGUCGAGAAUGGCAUAAAAGUGUCAGGUGGAAAGCCGAUAUCAAUGAUGAUUAAACCAAAAAGGCCACAAUUGAAGAUGCAACCAACGUAUAUUAAAGUGAAUCAGGUGGAGUCUCUUAUCAAACAGCACAGUCAGAACCAGAAGGCGAAAAAGAUGGCUCAGAUGGCAAAAUCGACGCGUUACCUUGAAGACUACCCAAAGCCAGCGUACUCGUACUCAUGCCUGAUAGCCAUGGCGCUUAAGAAUUCGAGGACGGGCAGCCUCCCGGUGUCAGAAAUCUACAAUUUCAUGUGCGAACACUUUCCUUACUUCAUAUCGGCGCCGUCCGGCUGGAAGAACUCCGUGAGGCACAACCUUUCGCUCAACAAGUGUUUCGAAAAGAUUGAAAAAGGCAAUCCAGGAGGAGGCGGAUGCCGGAAGGGCUGCCUUUGGGCGAUGAACCCGGCCAAGAUCUCGAAGAUGGACGACGAGGUGGCAAAGUGGUCGAGGAAAGACCCGAAAGGUAUAAGGCGGGCGAUGCGUUACCCAGAUUAUCUUGAGAAGUUGGAGCGCGGAGAUUUGAAGCUAAAGCCUGUCGGGAACCGCAAGGAUUACAUCGAGCUCAUCGACGGUUGCGACGAGGACUACAUCGAAGAGAUUGAGGAAGUCAACGAUGAAGAUGAAGAAGAAGAGGAUGAUGAUGAUGAUGAUGACAAUGGAGAUGAAGACGCAGAGGAGUCUGAAGAAGAAGACGAAGAAAAUGACAGGACGGUAGUGCAGGUUGGAGACACCGAUUCCGAAGACGAAGGCGAAGUCCCACCAUCCCUCAAACCCUUCGACUCCAGGCUAGCCGACAUGGACCUCGGAAUCGACAUCCCUGAGGACAUGUACAAAGAGCUGGACCUCCUUCAGGAAGUGAUGAAAGAAGAGGACAUCUACCGGUCAGCCAAGAGGCAAAGGCUGCACACGGUCACGAUAUCGCCAGCGCUUCAGAGACAGUCUGUGAAACCUGUGUGAUACAAAUUUUUUUUACCCUUAAGUACAUUUUACCAGAUGGUAUAAAAAAAAGUGAAAAAUAAAAAUUAAAAAAAAAAAAAAAAAGGACCGACUGGGAAUAUGAUGACGACGACAACUUACGCGUGUAAGAGAACACAAAUACUUCUCCUUCAUAAAAAAAGCAAACAAAUUUAAAUAAGCAUCCCCUCACCUCCACUGUACAAACAUAAAUCAACUACGCUGAGUUGAAUUUUAUCUUCAUUGUCCUUGUUUUUCUUUUUUUGUUAAAAUUUUUAUAUUUAAAGGGGGAAAAAAUGAAAAGGAAAGAUAGGCAAAGAAUUUGGGUUUGGA